AAAACUCAAAAAAACACACUCCUCCCCCUCUCUCUCUCUCUCUCUCUCUCUCUCUCAAUCACGAACACAACAGAACCAAAUUAAGACACACCCAAAACCACCACGGAAAACAACACCAAAAAUAGGAAGCCAUGGCUGCUGCAACAAGUACGAGUAAAUGGGCUGCCACCAAGCCCAAAUUGCUCUCUCCUCCGUCAAGAGAAUUGGGCUCUUUUUCCACCUCAAUCUCUCUCAGAAAGCCCAACAUUAAUUGCUCUCUCCACAGUUCUCUCCUCCAUUUCCCAAAGCAAUCUCCAACUUAUAAAGCAGACAUCCCUCCGCCUCCUCCGUCUUCAUCCUCUUUUUCCGACAACGCUUGUGAAUGGAAUUUCAUACAGAAGGCGGCGGCGACAGCGCUAGAUGCGGUGGAGAGCGCGCUGUUAUCGCGCGAGCGCGAACACCCGCUCCCGAAGACAGCGGACCCCGCGGUCCAGAUCGCCGGGAACUUCGCGCCGGUUCCGGAACAGCCCGUGAAGCACAACCUCCCGGUCGCCGGGAGAAUCCCCGAGUGCAUUUCCGGCGUCUACGUCCGGAACGGUGCCAACCCGUUGCACGACCCCGUCUCCGGGCACCACCUCUUCGACGGCGACGGCAUGCUCCACGCCGUCAAGUUCCAAGACGGCGCCGCCUCCUACUCCUGCCGGUUCACCGAGACCCAGAGGCUCGUCCAGGAACGAGUCAUGGGUCGCCCCGUCUUCCCCAAAUCCAUCGGCGAACUCCACGGCCAUUCCGGCGUCGCCCGGCUGCUCCUCUUCUACGCCCGAGGGUUGUUCGGGAUCGUCGACCACAACCACGGCACUGGGGUGGCAAACGCCGGCGUCGUUUACUUCAACAACAGACUCCUUGCCAUGUCCGAAGACGACUUGCCGUACCACGUAAAAAUCACACCCAACGGGGACUUGAAAACCGCCGGCCGGUACAAUUUCGAUGACCAGCUUGAUUCCACUAUGAUUGCUCACCCGAAACUCGACCCAGUUUCGGGUGACCUCUUCGCUUUAAGCUACGACGUGAUAAAGAAGCCUUACUUGAAGUACUUUCGGUUUUCGCCAAAUGGGGAGAAGUCAGUGGAUGUGGAAAUACCACUGAAUGAGGCGACAAUGAUGCAUGAUUUUGCCAUAACAGAGAGGUUUGUGGUGAUCCCUGAUCAGCAGGUGGUUUUCAAGUUGCAAGAAAUGAUUCGGGGCGGGUCCCCGGUAAUGUACGAUGAGGAGAAGGUGUCGAGGUUUGGUAUUCUGGACAAGUAUUCGACCGACGGGUCGGAAAUUAAGUGGGUCGAAGCCCCGGGGUGUUUUUGUUUUCAUCUCUGGAAUGCAUGGGAAGAACCCGAGCACGAUGAAAUUGUCGUGAUCGGGUCCUGUAUGACCCCGCCAGACUCAAUUUUUAACGAGUCUGACGAGGGGUUACAGAGCGUUCUGUCGGAAAUCAGGCUUAAUUUGAAGACAGGGAAAUCGACCCGGAAACCGAUUCUGUCGGAUUCCGAGCAAGUCAAUCUGGAAGCGGGGAUGGUGAACCGGAAUAGACUCGGUCGGAAGACCCGGUUCGCUUAUCUUGCGAUCGCCGAGCCGUGGCCGAAAGUCUCGGGAUUCGCGAAAGUCGACUUGUCCACUGGAGAAGUGAAAAAGUACAUAUACGGAGAGGAAAAGUACGGCGGCGAGCCUCUGUUCUUGCCGCGAGACCCGAAUUCGGAGAUCGAAGACGACGGGUACAUUCUGGCCUUCGUCCACGACGAGAAGGCAUGGAAAUCGGAGCUUCAAAUCGUGAACGCCAUGACCCUGAAAUUGGAGGCUUCGAUCAAGCUACCGUCUCGCGUUCCAUACGGGUUUCAUGGCACAUUCAUAAACUCAAGCGAUCUGGCCAAACAGGCAUAAGUCAUCGGUUAUUUACCACGCUUUCUUAUAUGGUACGAGUAUCGUGCAUGUGUAGAUCCGUCCAUAUGAAACAGGCGUUACAAGUAACCGUUGUAUCUAUCUGGAUUUUAUUAUGGCGGCGGAGAUAUUACCAGAGGGAUGGCUGAUUAAAAGGUCCCCGGAAUCUCCUGGCCGUUCACAGUUAAACAGCCCCAGUUUUUAUGGGCUUGUGAUUUUCUGUUUUUGUUUUUUUUACUGGAGAAUAAUUCCUGUGAGAGUUUUUGAGGGACCCAGCUUGUAGCUUUUGGCCUUGUAGGUAGAAUUGGAGCUCAGUUGGUCUCUGCUAUUCUCUCACUGCAAUAGAAAGUAUAGAUAUAUAGGUACAGGAGAAUAAUGUCAUGUACAUGUUCUUGUGUCUCUCUCUCUGUGUAAAUCACUCUGUUUCGAGUAAAUAGUGGCGUUUGCGAUGUAUACCAUCUUCGUGAAUAUUAUUGCUAUUGGAUGUGGAUGAGAUCUUUUGUCGCCAAA